ACCCGCCAAUUCGGUCAUGUACUGCGAAACAGACGUAAAGAUCCCGGACAAUGUGCAGUUCAACAACACCUACACAUUGUACUGGGUGUGGCAAUGGACUUCUCUGCCCGGAAAGACGCCAGGUCUUCCCAAGGGCAAAGACGAGUACUACAGCACCUGUAUGGAUGUUGACAUCGAAGCGCCCAGGGUCGCAAUGCAAGCUCUCAGCCCUGCAAAGUUGGCCAAGUUCGCCAUGGGCCAACAAGACGCCGUAUCCACUGCUGUCAGCGACUGGGCGGCGCGAACAGCUCUCUACAGCGAUUUGCCAUUGAAGCGCGAGAUGGGCCCUGUCACGUCUUCUCUUCCAGGGGGCGGCAUGGGUGGUGAUGUCCCCAUUGCUACUGGUACCCUCCCUGGUCUAGUACCUAGUCCUGCUCCACCUGGCGCCAGCGUUCCAAUCUCUCACAGUACCCUGCCAGCCAAUGGUCAAGUGCCUUCUUCCACUACUCGGGGCGCCGUUCCAACACCACCCGUACUUGGCAUUCCAGCCCUCAGUGGUCCUCCUGGUGUCGCACCUACCGCUUCAUCGGGCAGCAGUAAUGGCGUUGUCAUCGUCACAACCACUGUCCGGAUCACUGUCACUGCACCUGCUGCCACGCAGCCUGUUGCGGCGGCAGCCACUCCUCGUGUGGCGCGUAGCAUCCAUCACAAGAACGGUGCCAAGUUCCGGGGACUGCUUGCAGCAUGAUUGAAGCUCAUACUGCAAUCAUGCUGUUGCACUGUUGGGUUAUUGUCUUUUUCACGAUUCAUAUGGGUUAUGUUGAACACGAACACAUCUUAUCUCCCGUGGCAGGCCACCGGUUCAGAUAAGUCCAGAGCAGGAUCUCAAACGAGCAUUAUGAUGAUGAUCGAUGAACGAUGAGAGAGGCGGAUAACCUUGAUUUUUUUGCAUAGCAUGGGGUUUUCUUCUUCUUCCUCUUCUUCUUUUUUUCGGGUUUGGGAUAUGGAUUCGGGCGAUACCCUUUUGCAUGCGUACAUUGGCGUUUUGAUUCUUUUACACAGCAUUUUCAGGAAACGACAUACCCAGGAACAAGGCGUCUUAUACGUAGCUCCACACGGACUCAAUCAAUUUCU